AUGUCUUUCGCUCCUGGUGACGCUUCCAAGGGUGCCGGUCUCUUCAAGACCCGCUGCGCCCAGUGCCACACCGUCGGCAAGGGCGAGCCUCACAAGGUCGGCCCCAACCUCAACGGUGUCUUCGAUCGCAAGACCGGCCAGGCGGAGAAUUUCUCCUACACGGCCGCGAAUGUGAACAAGGGCAUCAUCUGGACCGAGCAGACGCUGUUCGAGUACCUCGAGAACCCGAAAAAGUACAUCCCCGGUACCAAGAUGGCGUUCGCGGGUCUCAAGAAGGAGAAGGACCGGAACGACCUCAUCACCUACCUCAAGGAGUCGUGCGCAUAA